UCAUCCGAGGAAAACGACGACAAGAGGCCGCCAACUAUGCAACGGCGGACCAUUGUGCAGCUCUCCCGUCGUCAUCCUGUCGAUUGGCCCGGUACAGCCCGACUACGAAAUGCUGCUAUAGCCUACAAUCCGCGACGAUGCUUCCAUCCCGCCCUUUCCAGACUCAACUCCUCCGAUAGUUCUUCCUCUAGUAAUUCAGAUGACCCAAGCAGCCCCUCGACGUCUCAGAACUCGGCGCCAAAGUUCGGUUCUCGAUGGGCCCCCAGGCAAACAUCACAGCCCGCGGCUCUCAGCCCAGAGGAGCAGGCCAUUCGAAACGCGUUGUUAACAAAAUCCGCCGCUCCUUCAUCCUCAAAUACAACAACCGGUUCCUUAGGAUCCCCGCAACCAACGCCGAAAUUCGGUCCUCGCUGGGCACCCAGGCAGACAUCACAGCCCGCUGCUCUUAGUCCAGAAGAGCAGGCUAUUCGAAACGCCUUGCUACCGAAGACUUCCGGUUCUUCAACUUCAGACUCUCCAAAACAGGAUAACGUGCCUGCGUCUUCGACAUCGGUAUCGAAACCCGGUUCACGCUGGGCAGCGAGGCAAACCUCACCGUCUUCCACUCUAAGUCCUGACGAACAAGCCAUUCGCGACAGCUUGCUAUUUAGGACUACCCGCAAAAAGGAGCGGCAACAAGAUGAAGCGCCAUCGCGGAGACCUCCGGGGUCCCACCGCCACUCCGGCUCUAAAACGAAGGCUCCCCCCAUCGACAAGGAAAGCCGGGAUCUUCAGCCCUUGAAAGAGUACGAGGUCAAUGGUGCCUCAAAACUGCCGAAGGCGCUGCGCAACCAGGAUUGGGUGUGCGCCGAAUGUGGCUUUCGGUGUUUCGGAAAACAUAGUAUCUGUCCGAUGUGUAAAGCGCGAAGACCUGGACUAAUAAACCCAUCGCAAGGAGAGUCUCGCUUUAAGGAUUGGAUUUGUCCCAAUUGUGGUUUCACGUGCUUUGGUAAGCACAGACUCUGUCCACGUUGUAAAGCGAGGAGGCCAGCAAGAAACACAAAUUCGGGCUUGACGGAGCCUUCCUCUAGAGACAACAUUGCUGGCACGUCUUCCCCAAGUGACGUUAAACAGUCUAGGGGGGACACGGUUGCGGGUGCUGGAAUCAACCUGACCACCGACUCUCCUUUGGAGGCUUCCGAAGGUUCUACUGGCGACUCCAUCGAGGAGCCCUUCAAAAUCCGCAAGAAGUUCGCCCAUGACGCCGAGCCUGAUGAUGGGUCUCGACAGUCGGCGCUCAGAAAGCAUAUGGAAGCGAAGUUGGCUCAGGCACAAGAAGCAGGAGAAGAGGAUCUUGCACUUCGGCGGCGGCUUAAGGAGCUGAGAGCUGCUAAGCGGGACAAGCAAGAGAUCACGGAGCUGGAGACAGAUACAUGGUCGCCAUCCACAGAACGAAGGAAAUCUCGUGGUGAGAAAUCUCGUGAUGAGCAUAACAAGAAAGCAAAGCGCCGAGGAGGCAAUCGUGAGCGCGAGUCCGCCCUAGAAGAAGAGUUUGAUGUAGAUGAAUAUCAUCGCCGGCGUGAAGAGCGAAAGAAGAAGAAAAAAGAAAGACGGUCGAAGCAGGCAGAUGAACAGGAAUUGAGCCCGCUGUAUCUUCCCGAGUUCAUCAGCGUCAGCAAUUUUGCCGAUGUCGUUGGCAUGCGGCCAGCACAGCUCGUUGAACGGAUGGAGGAAAUGGGUUUCGAGGAUGUUUCAUACAGCCAUGUUCUUGACGCCGAGACAGCUGGCUUGAUCGCUGCCGAAUUUGGUUACGAGCCUAUCGUCGACACUGGAGCCGAGCAGGACCUCACAGCUGCACCGGAGCCAGAGGACAAAUCUAUAUGGCCGUCUAGACCCCCCGUUGUCACCAUCAUGGGCCAUGUGGAUCACGGCAAGACUACUAUCCUUGAUUGGCUACGCAAGUCUUCCGUUGUCGCAUCAGAGCAUGGAGGGAUCACUCAGCACAUUGGAGCAUUUUCCGUCACCAUGCCGUCUGGUAAAAAGAUAACAUUCCUGGACACCCCCGGCCACGCGGCCUUUCUCGAUAUGCGCCGACGUGGCGCUGAUGUGACAGAUAUUGUGGUGCUCGUGGUAGCUGCCGAUGACAGCGUCAAGCCGCAGACGGUGGAAGCCAUCAAACAUGCCACAAGCGCCAAGGUCCCUAUUAUUGUGGCUAUGAGCAAAAUUGACAAGGAAGGUAUAAACCCUGAGAGGGUCAAACAAGACCUCUCAUCUCACGGUAUCCACGUGGAAGACUAUGGUGGUGAUGUCCAGGCGAUUGGUGUAAGUGGGAAAACUGGCCAAGGAAUGCUAGAGCUUGAAGAAGCCAUUAUCACUCUUUCUGAGGUUUUGGACCACAGAGCCGACCCGGAUGGCUUCGUUGAAGGAUGGGUUAUCGAGGCCUCCACGAAGAGUUAUGGUCGCGUGGCAACCGUGCUCAUCAGACGCGGCACCCUUCGACCUGGAGACAUUCUUGUCGCCGGCAACACCUGGGCCCGUGUCCGUACGCUUAGAAACGAGGCCGGCGUUUCUAUUUCCGAGGCCACUCCCGGCAUGCCAGUUGAAAUAGAUGGCUGGAGAGAAAACCCAACCGCGGGCACGGAGCUUCUGCAAGCAGAAGACGAGCAGCACGCUAAGGAUGUCGUGGAAUACCGAGUCGAGAGGGAAGAGACUCAGAGGCUGGGUCAAGAUACGGCAGCCAUCAACGAGGCCCGCCGUGACAUGAUUGAGAAGCGACGGAAAGAAGCUUCCGAAGAGGAAGAGCUGACGGAAGAGAAAUUAUCUGGUCCCAAACCAAUCAAUUUUGUGGUCAAGGCGGACGUCCACGGUUCAGCGGAGGCUGUUGAGAACUCAAUAACAGCUAUUGGAAACAACGAGGUAUAUGCUAAAGUGCUUCGUUCUGAAGUUGGACCCAUCAGCGAGUCAGAUAUUGAGCUUGCCGCCGCUGCCAACGGCCAUAUCGUCUGCUUCAACAUGCCUAUUGACACGACCAUGAGUCGGAUGGCACAGAACCUCGGUGUCAAUAUCAUGGAUCAUAAUAUUAUCUACAAACUCGUGGAUGAUGUCAAAGAUACUCUGAGCGAGCAGCUGGCUCCCUCAAUUACAAAACGUGUCACUGGAGGAGCCGAGGUCGGGAAAAUCUUCGGAAUCUCUCUCAAAGGACGCGC